AUUCUCUCAACGAGGCAACACUGUCAGCCGCAGCUUCAUUCUCGUUUCCCAUUUGGCACUUCCUUUACUCCCUUUAAAUUCCUCUAGAUCUUGGAGAGCUCAUUAUUUGCACCAAGAGUCACUUUACCUCCCUCUGUUACUCUUCCUCUCUCUUAAGAUUCCUAUUACCAUCUUGUUCAUCCAUGGGAAUUCUUGCCUCGCUCUUCCUCUUCACCUUCCUAGUUCUCGCACCACAUACCAGUGCAUGCGAGUCCAACUCCACCACCAAGAAGCACCAUCACCACCACGUUGGGCCAACCGGCCAAUACGCGCUCGUGGUCGACGCAAAUGGCUCCGGUGAUUUCUUAUCUGUCCAAGAGGCUGUCGAUUUUAUACCAGAGAACAACAACAAGCGUGUUAUUAUACAGAUAAAUGCCGGCAGAUACAUAGAGAAGGUGACCGUGGCAGCGACGAAACCAUACAUAACGUUCCAAGGUGCAGGGAGAGACAUGACCGUGAUCGAGUGGCAUGACCGUGCCAGUGACAAAGGGCCUAGUGGGCAGCAGCUACGGACUUACAAAACAGCUUCAGUAACUGUUUUUGCUAAUUAUUUCAUUGCUAGAAAUAUCAGUUUCAAGAACUCAGCUCCAGCACCAUUGCCAGGCAUGGAAGGAUGGCAAGCUGCAGCCUUCCGCAUCUCAGGCGACAAGGCUUACUUUUCUGGCUGUGGCUUCUACGGCGCCCAGGACACACUCUGCGACGAUGCCGGGCGGCAUUACUUCGAGGAUUGCUACAUCGAGGGAUCCAUCGACUUCAUCUUUGGCAAUGGCAGAUCCAUGUACAAGGAUUGCCACCUCAACUCCAUCGCACAAAGGUUUGGAUCCAUCGCAGCACAGAACAGGAACUCCCCCUGCGAGAAGACCGGCUUCGCCUUCGUGAACUGUAAGGUGACAGGCACAGGGAAGCUCUACGUGGGGCGCGCCAUGGGGCAGUACUCCAGAAUCGUCUUUGCCUACACCUACUUUGAUGAUGUGGUCAUCCCAGGCGGGUGGGAUGACUGGGACCACGCCAGCAACAAGAGCAAGACUGCCUUCUUUGGAGUCUACAAGUGCUGGGGUCCAGGUGUCGCAGCCGUUCGUGGUGUUGCAUGGGCUCGAGAGCUUGAUUAUGAGACUGCGCACCCCUUCCUGGCCAAGAGCUUUGUCAAUGGAAGGCACUGGCUCGGCCCCUCAGAUUUCUGAGAACAGCCCUCUGAUAAACUCCAAAGAUUUGUUGUGCCGACACAAUAAAGAAAACAGAUCGACCGAUGGAAUAACAGAUACACUUUGUAAGUUGUUUAACAACAUCACACGGUAUAUAGAUUCCCGUAAUAUCUAUAGUUGUUAAAUCAUGCAAUAAAAUAACAGACUAUUAUUUGGUUC